AUGGCUCCCUCAGCUCCCGGGACGGCCAGCAAUUCGCCGGCCAAGAAGUCUUCCGCUCCGGAGAAGAAGUACAAGUGCCAAUUUUGCAAUCGCGCCUUCAGCCGCAGUGAACAUCGCAGCCGACAUGAGCGUUCCCACACAAAAGAGCGACCCUUCAAGUGUUUGAAGUGUCGGAGUACCUUCGUGCGCCGCGACCUUCUCCUGCGCCAUGACCGAACUGUGCACGCCAAAGAUGGCGGUAUCCCCUUGGUUGCGGAGGGUCGGAGACGCGGUGGAAAUGGAGGGGUCCAGAAGCCCUCUUCGGCGGGUCCGUCCAAGCCUUCAAUCACGAUCGAUCCCGCAACACUGGAACAGAUCGAGGCAAGCAGCGAUGGUAUGGUCGACCUUGAAACUGCAGCCAUGUUGAUGACAGACUUCCAACAUAAGGCUGCAGCAGCCGUGACCGGUCAGGUCUCCGAGCGCUCCGACUCCCUCUCCCCUGGACGCGGCUCCUUCGAACCGUAUCUGUCGGGCAACGCCACUUUGCCCCAGAUGCCCUGGGACACGCUCGUUUCGCCCGCGGAAACUGGCUCGAUGCCCACCCUGGUCGACCGCCAUGGCCCCGUGGGAGACGUGCUUCUGUCGAACUCGCUUUCCAUGUCUGGAAACUCUACCCCGAACGCACUGUCCCCGUACCCCUCCAUGACUGGCCCCGUCAGCCCUGUGAACUACCGCCGGUCUCCCGGACCGAGCCAGGCUUUGACCCUCGCUAGGCCCCCUCAAUUAGCCGACGAUAUGGAGCGUAGCUUGAUCAUCGAGCGCGUGCAGAGCGCCGACACCCUGGGUGCUCUGCCCGAUAACUUCCAGAUUCCCUCCUCAGCCGCUCUGAACCGGUACCUGUCCACCUACUUCAACCUGUACCACCCCCAUCUGCCAUUCCUCCACCAGCAGUCCUUCAAGCCGACUUCGGCCCCGACCCCGCUGUUGCUGGCUGUUUUGUCCAUUGGGGCUCUGUACACGUUCGAGCGCGACCAUGCCUUCAUGCUUCAUGUCGGCUCCAAGGUUCUGGUUAACCAGUUCCUACAACACAAGGAGAACUUUGAUUCGCGCAAGUGUCCGCUGUGGCUGAUGCAGAGCACCCUGCUCAACAUGGUCUUCGAGAGCUGGAGCGGUGACCCCAAAGGUCUCGAGUGGACUUGUUCCAUCAAGAGUCUCCUUGCCAACAUGGUCGCUGGCAACCGGUACCAGCUCAAGCUGCGUACCGAGGCCCGUCAGGCGGUUCAACCAUCGCGUGAGGAGUGGAUUGAGGACGAGUCUUGCCGUCGUACCUACUUUGCCGUUUACAUCUUCUUCGGCAUGCUCACUCUGACUUUCAAUCACACCCCUGCGAUGAGCUUCGACGAGUUCGAUAACUUGGAGCUGCCUUCGUCCGAGUCCCUCUGGAACUUGGACGCCGCGGAUGAGGAGACCUGGCACCGUAGCAUCGCCGCCUCCAGCUCGUUGACCGUCCGCGAGGCCCACGACUUCCUGUUCCAGGGCGAGCAGACUCGCUACAGCGCCUUCGCUACUCGCGUUCUGAUCAACGCUCUGUUUUUGCAGGUGUGGAACCACAAGCGCAGCUUCGAGGCUCUGCAGGAUGUGGUGACCGAGUACAAGCUCCGUUUGGCUCUGGAGACCUGGGAGAGCUCUCUCGAGGUGUGCGAGCCGGAGACUAUUGUUGUCCCGCUCAGCACUCCCCAGAAGGGCCACCCUCUGAUCUUCAACUCGAUGGCGGUCUACCGCAACACUCGUGCCCGCCUUGAAGUCGACCUCAAGUCCAUCCAGGAGGCCAUGCGCUAUCACUCUUCCUACGAGGUGGCUGCUGCCAUGACCGUCGCCCGCGAGAAGGUCAAGCGCUCGCAGGAGAUGAACAAGGUUGUUGAGCAAUGCUUCGAGUGCAUCGAGAUUGCUGCCAUCCAGGGCAUCAACUGGGUCGCAAAGACCUCCGCCACCAACUGGAGCGUCGAGCACCCGCUAUGCGGCCUGGAUUUGAUGGUUAUCCUGAGUCUCUGGCUCUACCGCCUGGAACAUGACGACGAGCCGGCGACUGAGGCCGAAAUGGCCAUCUACAACAAGGUGCGGAAUCUAUUCGACGAUGAUGCCAUCGACGCCUUUGGUAAACUCAGCUCCACCGUCGCCCGUGUUUGGGGUAACAUCCUUGACGGCGUGGUUGUCUGGGGAAUUACCAAGUUGAUGGGCGAGUCGUUCAAGCUGCACUCCCAGGCACUGAUUGGCUACGAGGAUUCUUUGCGUGUCGCAAAGGAUCAGCCGAUUCACGUGGUGCCCACCAAGUCGCUCGCCAGCGUCGGUACUGCGUACUAA